AUGCCAUCGGAUGACCGGGUGUCAUUUUCAAAUUUUAGUUCACUGCAAGGCAAGUGACAGCGGAGUCGAUCGUGGGCAGGCAAGAGAAUAAACAGACAACAGAGCGAGAGCUGUGGAGGAGCAGUGCAAUGAAAAAACCCCGAUUUGAGCGUUCGGGGUGUACCAGUGAUCUCUGUUGAGUGCUUGUUGUGUUCGAUGUUUCACCUAGCGUACAUCUAUGCUCUGCCUUCGCUAGGUAACUACUAGUAGUAGUAACUUACUUAUUGUAGUCUGAGAAACAAACAUUCCUGCCAGUGCCACUGGUCCGCACACGUAAUAGUGGACAACAAUACAGCACAUCCCGCAGCAUAGGAAACUAACUUGAAGCAGAACGGUCGCACUUGUCUUGUGCUCCGAGAAAAGCUGGGGAUUGGUACGCAGUGGCACGGAUCAAGCUUCCACUGUUCCCCUUGAUUGCUAGCCAGUAUGGCAGACGAGCGCGGCAUCAAUGGAGGCUUCAAGACGCCGAAGGUGUACAAGCCCGAGCUUGGGAAGGCUGGUAUGGCUGGUGGCAGAGAGUCUAGAGCGGAGGACAUGCUCGAUGAGCUAGGACUAACAGCCCCAGGAGGUGCAUCCGAUACCAGCAUCAGCUACACUAUGACUGGAGGCAAUGCGGACGAUGAUGAUGAUGAUGACGACGAUGAUGACGACCCAUCGAGUGUGUCAUCAAGCUCCUCGCGCCAAUCCAACCAAAAGAGUGCAGAAAAUCGGCUAGUGCAGGAGCUCAAGAGACAUGAAAAGAAGAGGCAGGAAAUCAUGCAGAGAAUGAAGCGCUACGAAUCCGAGAGGAACACUCUCCGUCAGGAGAUGGAGAAGAUGAAGCAAGCCAACCGCUCGCACAUCAAGAUGUUGAAGAGAGGCCAUGAGCAGGUCCUCGUCGACAAACAGAAACUAGUGCAGAACCUGGAGGACAUGGUGAACGAACACGACAAGCGGGGACCGGCGGAGAAGAAAGAAGCGUCGGUCACCUUGCAGAGGCUGGUGGAGCAGAUCUCGUCACUGCACAAGGACAAGGCAUCGCUGAUCACGGACAAUGUGGAUAUGCAGCAGAAAACACAGGAAGCUGAACAAGACAUGCAGCAGGAGCGACUGCACCUCCAAGGCCGUAUCGACAAACUGAAGCUACGCCUGGAAAGUACCCCCGAACAGGCACCACAGAGUGUUGGGAAUGGACCAAGCGUUGCGGAGGAUUCGGCCAAAGUCAAGGACCUCCAGGCUGAAGUCUCCCAGCUUCGCAGCAAGCUAGCAACUACUAGUAGCCAGCAGAGCAAGCAGCAAGCAAAGCAGGACGCUCACUCGGCAAAAGAAGUCGACGAACUCCGUGCGGCCAACCGAGACCUUCAGGCUCAGCUUGCCGCAAGCGAGAGACGGCAGCAGUCACAGGCCAGCAGCAACGAGAAGGCACUCCAAGGUAAACUAGACGGUGCAGUUGCAGCCAGCGCGGAGCUGCAAGCCAAGCUUAAAGACACUCAGCAGGAGAGUAACGAGAGCAAGAGAGCCGUCAAUGAUCUGCAGAAAAAAAUUCGUCAACUGGAGGCCAUACGCACUGAGCUUGAGGCUCAAUCUCAGGAGCGUGGCAAGCAACAAGGAAGCACCCAACAAGACCUCAACAAGGCCAGAAUGGACAAGAAGUUACUAGAGGAGCAGCUGUCCACAUUGCAGGGUGAGUUCACGCAGAUGCAGGGUCUCAUCUCGGAGAUGGAAGCCAGCGAACAGGGACUGCAGACUGACCGACGAGAACUGCAGAAGAAGCUGGCAGAUCACGAGAAGACGGUAGCGUUGCUAUCCGACACCCAGGGAGAAGUUGCCAAGUACAAACGGCAGAUGUCAUCAAUGGAAGACGAGGCCAAACGGCAAAAAGAAGAUGCACGCCGAGCGGCGGAUAAAGCCAGGGAAGACCAGGCCAGAGCAGUGGCGGACGUGGAGCGGCGAGUACGGGCGGAAAUGGCCGGCGUUCAGGACCGGAUGGGGGCCAUGGUGCGCAUCGUUUCCGCCAUCCAACGAGAGCUCAGCGAGGUCAAGACGUCGCGCAAGGACAUACAGAAAGAGGUCCUUGCCCUGCAGCAGACUGUCGGUCCGGGCAUCAAACAGAUGAGAAAACGGAUCACGUCGGCCAUUACCGAAAUCGACACAACAAACAAAGAACUGGUCAGAAAGUACAAGAAGGAGAUGAUGCUGCGCAAGAAGUAUCACAACGAGAUCGUGGAGCUCAAGGGCAACAUUCGGGUGUUCGCGCGUGUCCGGCCGACUAUCCGGGAGGAUGGCACCGGAGCGCAGGCAGAGCAUGUUGUGACAUUCGAUGACGACGACGACGGCCUUCUGUCCGUAGCGCACCGAGGAAACAUAAAGACCUUCGAGCUGGACAAGGUCUUCAAGUCAGGCUCAACUCAGGAACAGGUGUUCGGCGAGGUCAGAUCUCUGCUGAUCAGCUGUGUGGAUGGUUACAAUGUCUGCAUAUUUGCAUAUGGUCAAACGGGCAGUGGAAAGACAUUCACCAUGGAGGGCUAUGGUGAGAAUCCGGGCAUCAACCCGCGAGCACUGCAAGAGCUGUUUACGGUCGCCGAGGAGCGCCAUAAGGACUGGGAGUAUGCCAUCACGGUCAGCGUCAUGGAGAUCUACAACGAGACGAUCCGCGACCUGCUGUCCGACGCUCCCACCCAGGCCAAGGAGGUCAAGCAGAGUCGGAACGCGGCCGACGGCCACUACGUGCCCGGCCUGACCUGGAUACGAGUACAAACUGUGGAGGAUGUACAUGAGGUAUUCGCUCUUGGAAAGGAGAACAGAGCGACUGCUGUGACGGACAUGAACGAGCACAGCAGCCGAUCACACGCUCUGCUCAGCAUCAGGGUGGUCGGCACCAAUCGCACAACGGGAAUCAAGACCGUUGGUCGCCUCAACCUUGUCGACUUGGCAGGCAGUGAGCGUAUAAACAAGAGUGGGUCGGAAGGAAUGCGACUGAAGGAGGCACAGAACAUCAACAAGUCGCUCUCCGCGCUGGGUGAUGUCAUCCACUCCCUGAAGCAGAAGUCUGGUCACAUCCCGUACCGCAACUCAAAGCUAACAUAUCUACUGCAGGACUCAUUGGGUGGUGAGAGCAAGACACUAAUGAUGGUGCAAGUCUCUCCCGUCGAGAAGAACUCCAGUGAAACGCUGUGCUCGCUGAACUUUGCUAACCGCGUCCGUUCUGUGGAGCUUGGACAGGCAUCACGGCGAACAGAAACGUCUGACUCCAGCGCUGCACACGAUCGCAUGGCGGAGCACGGGGAGGGAGUAUCGCUGACUGGCCGUGGCAGUCCAGCAACAGCCGGCAAGAGGCUCACUCAGACGGCUAGGCGGCGAUAACACCCUUGCGACCGCGCACUUCAUGAUGACUUCAACAUCAACAAUUCCGGUGGUGAACCGUCUUGCAGCAAAGUUUGAAAACAUUGUCCGACUGCAUCACCAGACUGUGAAUAUCUAACAUUGAUGACACAUACAUGUAACUUAACCCCUUGAUUGAGUCUGUUAGCUUUCCUUGAUAAAAGUCUCUGCCAUGACGGCAUUCGUGCCAUGAUCAUACUGACACAUUAUGCGUUGUACUGCUUUUCAGAACUCAAUGCCAUGAUGCACUGCGUCUUGCCAACGUACGGCGCUUGCUUGCUGCCAUAAUUAUAGAUAUUGUUCAUGUGCAAAACUAGUGUGAUUUGCCUCUGCCAGAAUGAAAAAUAUGUGGAUGUCGUUGUGAUCAAUAUUUAUCAAAUUUCCAUUCAACGCCAUGCACAUCAUGUUUAUAUUUGUUUACAUAUAUUUGUGCCCAUUAAAAUCAUACAUACCAGUAUAUGCCUCAAUGCCCCCCCCCCCCCCCCGAAUAGUGGCAACAGCAGCAGCAUUUUAUAUCAUCAGUAAUACUAGUAUUUGGUGAUGAACAGAUCAAUAUCUUAUUGCAUAUUCGCAAGGCAAACCUAACCGCACAGCUUGACAUGUAUGGUGUAUUUCUAAAAUAUUUGGUAAUAAAAAUAAGAACGCCUCGCUAUGCAUAUCCUGUGGCCUGCUAGCAACAAACCAACAUGCCUACAGGCCUGCAUGGCUGUAGGAUUCAAUGUAAAUAAAUAUGCUACCAUAAUAGUGCAACUAGCCAACUAGUAAUUUGAGAGCUUUUUAAAAUGAAGUGAAUUUGUCAAUCAA